AUGUCUUCGCCAAACACUGAUAAUACAGUAUUKAAUAGAAAACGUAACAAAUUAAGUUUUAGUGGAGGAUCUACUGGAAAUUUGUUGAGACAUUUGAAAACCAAGCAUCCAACAAUUCCGAUGCAGAGAAACGUCCAAGUAAAUGAAUCAAACUCUGAUAUUAUUAAUGAUCCAAAAUCCUCAACAUCGACGACUCAAAAUUCAUCUGGACAACAACCAUCUUCAGUAGCAACAACAUCAACAACAAUUAUUAGACUACAUAACAAGCAACAAGUCUCUAUUUCAAGCUAUAUCCAAAAGCCAAUACCUAUGAGUAAAUCAAAAAUGAUUGAUCARCAAUUAGUAAAAAUGAUUGUGAAGGAAUAUCAUCCUUUUAGUGUGGCCGAGGAUAUAGAAUUUCGUAAUCUUAUUAAAAUGUUAUGUCCAACUUAYGUUAUUCCAUCAAGAAAAACAGUAACCCAAAGUUUGAUGCCUCAAAUGUUUGAUAUGACUGUUGAAUGUGUGAAGGAUACAUUAAGAAAUGUGGAAGCUGUGUGUUUGACUACAGAUGGGUGGACAUCUAGAAGUAACCAAAGCUUUAUAUCAGUAACAGCACACUAUAUUGACCCAAAAAACGAGACACUUGUUUCAUCAGUAUUAUUAGGCUGUAUUGAUUUUGAUGAAAAACAUACAAGUGAUAAUUUGGCUCGUUUUUUAAGAAACAUUGUUGAUGAAUGGAAUUUAUCAAAUAAACUUACUGCUGUAGUUACUGAUAAUGCUGCUAAUAUUAAAGCAGCAAUUAGAAAAUGCAACUGGAGAUGGUUAUCUUGCUUUGCACAUUCCAUAAAUUUAACCGUUCAAUCUAGCUUUAAAUGCAUAGAGGACUAA